UUAUGUUUUUAUUACCUGAACUUAUUUGUCAGCUGUAAAAGUCUCCUGGUGCAGUCAGUAGGGCCUUCUAAGUGUAGGACCCUGCCCUCUGCACACAAAGACGAUUGACUUCUCCUGUCUGGACCCUCAUCUUUGUCAUUCUUUCCUAAUUGCUUCAGCUAAAAUCCCAAGAACUGUGUGCCAUAUGUGUGUGGUCAGAGGACAUCUUCAUCCUGCUCCUGAUUCUGGAGGAUGUGCUGGUGUCUAGGUGGUGUCCUGCACUUCUAGCCCCUGAAGGGUAUCUCCCCGAGGAGGGCCAUGCUCUGCCUGUGUGCUGCCCAGGCCUCUUCCCCCCUCUCCGACUACCUUGGGGACCAGGCAGGGCUGUAAGAGACCUGGCGGCUGUGCAGAGAUGCCCUUGGCGAUGUCCCCUAGCACGGAUGUGGGUCCUGGCCAACCUGCUGGCUUCCAGCUUCCUGUGCCCUUGGAUGCAGGGCUGUGAGCUUUUUAAUUUGUGUUUUUGGAGUAUCUUCUACACCUUGUCACCAUUUUUCAGCAUUCUAUCAAGCCCUGAGACUACACUCUUCACUUGUUUAUAUAAAUAGCUUGUGACAUGCUAGCUUAUAGGAACAGGCAGUGUGUUGUUCAUCACUAGCUGGGUUGUAUUUCAGAUAGGAAUUUACCCACAAAACCAGGUUUCUCAUCGCAAACUCUUGAUUGAACACUCUGGAGAGAAGCACACGGAUGCACAGAUCUCUGCAGGGCGCUGAGCCGCGAGGCAGUGUUCUGGUGCCAUCAGGUGCCACAGCAGUGAUGGGGUCCACAUGGCCCACAUCUGCCCGUCAGUCCAUAUGCACUCCAGGCACCUUUUCCCUGUCUAUCCCUGUGCCUGAGCUCCGUGGGUCAGCGAGCAGCGCAGACCCCAGCCUGGGCCUGCCUUCCUCCAGGGAGAAGACGGGUGUGCCAGGGACCAGGUGGGCUGCAGACAAGGGCAUUGAGGGUGCCAGGCAGGCAGGGGCAACACAGGGCCCCUGGCCAGCUCUCACUAACCAGCACUGGACACCCUGGUCCUUCCUGCCCGGCAUGGUCAUGGAUGAGUUGAAGGCAAGUUUGUGAGCAGUCACUGCCACUCGGAGUCGCCUUGAAAAGCUGCUGUUUUCACAUGAGCAGAUUUCACACCAAGCUCCCUCACUUUGCCAUGGCGAUGUCUGUUUCAGUGACUCUACUCCAAGUGUGUCUGGAACACAAGCUCACGAGUCUGCCCCACAUUCUGUGCCAGUGGGAGGUUGCACAGCCCUGGCCAUGGAGAGCUCUUCUUGAACCCCAGAAGGAAGCAGAGAGAAGCAGUAGUUCCUCCAUCGUAAAUGGAGCCGAGUAAAAAGAUGGACUCAGCCAGCACGCUGCACACCAACCCGCUGCUGAAGCUUCAGCCUGACCGCGGUGUGGGCUCUGUGUUUGUCCCCGAGCAAGGAGGCUACAAGGAGAAGUUUGUGAAGGCUGUGGAGGACAAGUACAAGUGUGAGAAGUGCCGCCUGGUGCUGUGCAACCCAAAGCAGACCGAGUGUGGACACCGCUUCUGCGAGAGCUGCAUGGCUGCCCUGCUCAGCUCCUCGAGCCCCAAGUGCACAGCGUGUCAAGAAGGCAUCGUCAAGGAGAAGGUAUUUAAGGAUAAUUGCUGCAAGAGAGAGAUCCUGGCCCUCCAGAUCUGUUGUCGGAACGAAGGCCGGGGCUGUGCAGAACAGCUCACGCUUGGGCACCUGCUGGUGCACCUGAAGAACGACUGCCAGUUCGAGGAGCUUCCCUGCUUGCGAGCUGACUGCAAGGAAAAGGUGCUGAGAAGAGACCUGAGAGAUCACGUGGAAAAGGCCUGCAAGUACCGUGAGGCCACGUGCACCCACUGCAAAAGUCAGGUCCCGAUGAUCACAUUGCAGAAACAUGAAGACAACGAGUGUCCCUGCGUGGUGGUGUCCUGCCCUCACAAGUGCAGCGUCCAGACUCUGCUGAGGAGUGAGUUGAGUGCACACUUGUCAGAGUGUGUCAAUGCCCCCAGCACCUGUAGUUUUAAGCGCUAUGGCUGCGUUUUUCAGGGGACAAAUCAACAGAUCAAGGCUCAUGAAGCUAGCUCGGCUGUGCAGCACGUCAACCUGCUGAAGGAGUGGAGCAACUCACUGGAGAAGAAGGUUUCCUUGCUGCAGAAUGAAAGUGUAGAAAAAAACAAGAGCAUACAAAGUCUGCACAAUCAGAUCUGUAGCUUUGAAAUUGAAAUCGAGAGACAAAAGGAGAUGCUUCGAAAUAAUGAAUCUAAAAUCCUUCACUUGCAGGUCUGGAAGCGUGUCAUAGACAGCCAGGCGGAGAAGCUGAAGGAGCUGGACAAGGAGAUCCGACCCUUCCGGCAGAACUGGGAGGAAGCAGACAGCAUGAAGAGCAGCGUGGAGUCCCUGCAGAACCGCGUGACCGAGCUGGAGAGCGUAGACAAGAGUGCGGGGCAGGCAGCAAGGAACACAGGCUUGCUGGAGUCCCAGCUGAGCCGGCAUGACCAGAUGCUGAGUGUCCACGACAUCCGCCUUGCCGACAUGGACCUGCGCUUCCAGGUCCUGGAGACCGCCAGCUACAACGGUGUGCUCAUCUGGAAGAUCCGCGACUACAAGCGCCGGAAGCAGGAGGCCGUCAUGGGGAAGACCCUGUCCCUCUACAGCCAGCCUUUCUACACUGGCUACUUUGGCUACAAGAUGUGCGCCAGGGUCUACCUGAACGGGGACGGGAUGGGGAAGGGGACGCACUUGUCGCUGUUUUUUGUCAUCAUGCGCGGAGAGUAUGAUGCCCUGCUGCCCUGGCCGUUUAAGCAGAAGGUGACGCUCAUGCUGAUGGAUCAGGGCUCCUCCCGGCGCCACCUGGGAGACGCGUUCAAGCCCGACCCCAACAGCAGCAGCUUCAAGAAGCCCACUGGAGAGAUGAACAUCGCCUCCGGCUGCCCUGUCUUUGUGGCCCAGACUGUUCUAGAAAAUGGGACAUAUAUUAAAGAUGAUACAAUUUUUAUUAAAGUCAUAGUGGAUACUUCGGAUCUGCCUGACCCUUGAGAAGUCGGCAGGUGGUGGAUUCAGUAGAAGGUAACUCCUCUGGGGGUGGAACCGGUCUGUCUUCACUGAGGUCCUCACGUGCAGAAAGGACCUUGUGGAGCGGAGGUGGCAGCAGGAGGCAGAUGGCGGCCGGCGGGAGGAGCCCGCGCGGAACUCCCCCCGACACGUCCUCCCCAUAGACUAGCCGCCCUUCUCUCUGAAGAAUUAUUUAUCCUUUGACAAGAUAAAUACUGCUGUCAGAGAAGUUUUCCAUUUUCGUUUUUAAAGAUCUAGUUAAUCAAGGUGGAAAACAUAUAUGCUAAGCAAAAGAAACAUGAUUUUUCUUCCGUAAACUUGAACACCAGACACAGAACACACGGGGAUAGCUGGACUCGUCAGCAUGUUAAGUAAAAGGGUAACUCAUGAAAUAAUAAUGCAGUUCUGAUACAGUCAUUCUACAAUCCAAGAGUGCAAUCUUGUUCCAAAUAUAGUAUAUUGUCUAUUUUUAAGGCCUCAUCUGGUCUCUGUUUUAAUAAUUUGUUUGUCAGAAGAUCCUGAAGUACACCUAGGUCUUUUUUUGGAAGUAUCUAAAUUGAGAAGUCAUUUUUUAAUUUAAAGUUCUACCAAUAAUUGUUACUGCAAACAUUUUACUUUAAAACAUUGAUAGACUGAUAUUUCUUGGAAGAAAAUGUAAACUAUCAACACUGGUUAUCACUUGUGAUAGGAAAGAGAAUUCAACUUGUUGUUAUUUCUCGUUAGAAAUGUAAACCUUCAAUAUCUGUCGUAGUUAAUGACACUACUUCAAAAUUAUUAUGAAAGGAACAUUGCUCAUGGAUGCUGUGCAUCAUUUUCAGAUUUAUAGUUGUUUUCACCCUAAAAUAGGGCAUUAGUUGAACUUUGGAGUUCUAAACAAAAUCCUGUAGGUUUUUUAAAUUCUGCCCCAUGUCCAGACGAGCUCUCCACAGCUGACAGCAAUGACCUCGCCCCAGGGCGGCCGGAGCCCGCGGUGUCCCCAUCUGUCAUGCGCUGCGUGCUGCUGCGAUCUCCGGAAGUGACGUCCUGCAUAGAGAAGGUGGCAUACGGUACUCGUGCCUUAGACGUGACAUGCUGCUUCUUGACCCUGGGUUUGUGUUCGAUGGCAUCCUAGAAAGCGCUAGCCGAACCAGACUUUCUCUCUGCCGCUAAAUCUGUGUCUCUGCGAGGCCCUCACAGCUCCGACCCUGCGGGCGGGCGGAAGCCAGGCUCCAUCAGCAGCUUCCGGAGCCUCCAGGGCUUCCGCAGAAUCCCGGUUUCCAAGGUUUCCAAACUCCAGGCGCAGAGCCAGCUCUGCCCACCCGAGGGAGGUGUUGCGAGCAGAAGCUACGCGCCCCCAGCCCUAAGUCCCCACCGGCGCCCACGCAACUCUGGGCAGAGUCCACUGAGCCCCGAGACCACUGGUUGGGGCUGCCCGGCCAAGCCUGGGGGCCCCACGGCCCUGGGCCCACCCGGUGGCACUCAGCACUGUUUACGCCUCAAGCCCAACUGUGAGGAGCCUGGAGCCUGGAGCCCCGCCCCUGCGCCCCUUCCGCUAUGCAGCACGCUUCACGGUGCUCUUACACUGAUGGGUGCUACACGCGACGGGUGCUUCUUAGGCAAAGCCAGUGUGUGCGAACCACCACAUCUGUGCCCCUCUCCCAAGGCGCGCCCACGAUUGGCCAGCUGGGCGCGUCAGACUGCCUGCCUCUUGGCUCCCUAGGGUCGUGCGGGGUCUGCUGGGUGGGUGCCCAGUGGCCCACCUUGUCUCUGGUGCUGCCGCCUGUCCUGGGUGUGCCUUUGCCCCAGUGCCUGCUGGACGUGCCCUCUGCUCGCGCGCCUGUCCCCGCUUCCCUGCACCUCACGCCCUUCCACAUUGCAUGGCUCUGAGCUCCAUCGCUGCUACCACGGCUGCCCCCACUGCUGUCCCGGGGUCCUCAGCUCUCUCCGCUGAAGUACGGCGGUCCCUGCUGAGAAGGAAGAACUUCUUGUGAGAGCUGUCCUUGUUUGUCUGCAGCCCCUCCAGGCCUGUCCCUUAGGUUCUGCUUGAGGCCUGGAGGAGGCAUAGCCCCUGGCAGUGCCCACCUGGCCCCUGGUGUCCCAGCUACUCCAACCCUGGCAGAUGCUGCCCAGGACAGCUGGCUGAGGGCCCCUUCCCACUAAGCCCCGAGACCCACCCAGAGCCGUCCUGGGCGGCCGUCCGGCCUCCCUGUCCUCAGGGUACUGUCCCUGGGGCGAGGGUGGUGUGGCCUCUGGGAACUGGUGCUGGAGAGUGGGCCAGCGUGCUCUGCAGGGACACUGUCCUGCCCGGGUGCCCACGCCCCCCCUAGGUGCUCCUGCCCAGCGGCCUCGGCUGUAACCCCCCGGCCAGCCCCCGGCCCCCGUCCUCGAUCCACAGGGUCCCAGCCCAGGAGCACCAGGUGGCCACACAGUGUGUGUCCAGUGUGCGCUUCUCAUUUACCAAAAGUGACAACAUUCCUGGGGACACAGUUGUCCUUUGUGCUGUGGCCUUGGUCUGGGCAGCUGCUUCCUGCGUCUGCGACACUGCCAUUGUGGCCGCCCUGUGCUGCAGGCGAUGGCACAGGCUGGAGGCCUGGUUUUCUGGUUCCAGGGCUUUUAAAGCAGGCAUGAGCAUUGCCAGAAAUCAGGGCAUCUGUGCCAUCGAGGCCGGGCUGUGGUGGGGGGCUGGGGUCCUGGGGCCCAGAGUGGGCUCAGGAGCUGGGUGACACCACAGAGGCCUGUGGGAGGAGCAGCGUCAUGAGGCUCGGGGCCUGGCUGAGCUGAACAUGCGGUGUCACUCCCAUGUAGGUGGCCGGGGCUGUUGCGAGGGCUGCAUCCCGGUCCAGGGCAGCCCCUGCUGCACGGUGCCUGCCACGUAGCCUGUGACAUGUGUCGACAGGCUGCUGGUAGGUACAUUUCCUUGGCUGUCUUCCCACCUCUCCUCUCUGCUCAGUCUGUCCCUUCCUCGGCCUGUGGCCCUGAGGAGCUGUAGGGACUGUGCUGUGGCUCUAUAGUCUGCAGACCCCAGGGAGGACGUUGAUGCCAGGCACAGCCUGUGGGGACGCCGCUGCCCCACAGACAUUCAGUCUGUCCUGCCUGCGUUGCCUCGCGGCUGCUGAUGGGUGAUUCCCCUGGAGGAGAGGGUGUGGGAAAGCCCCGGAGCAGCAGGGCAUCCUGAGGGACUCAGGAUGGCCCCGAGCUAGGUGACUGACCCCAGCGUCAGCCGUGCCUCUCUGCCCAGCUCCUCGAGCAGCGGGCUCACCAUGGCCCUGCUGACGCUGCACCCCAGCAGGUGCUCGGGACCAUGGGCUGGUCAGAACACAGCCUCCCAGGGAGCCCUCGCCGUCCCUCGACACCUGUCCCUCUCCCUGAGGUAAUGAGCACACCGGGACAGGCAUAGCUGCUGCCUUGGAUGCUGUUUUUUGCUUCCGGUAUAGAUCUGUGUGGACGAGGCUGCAGGAGACCGGGGUUCUAGGCACUCCUGUGUGUGUCACUUGUGUGGGUGAGGGUCGCGCCAGUCUGCUUCUCAGCCCCAGACCAUGGUUGUCUUCUGUUUGCAAAUCUCCGUAACUUUCUCCAAAGUCGAUGUGCCCCGUGGGUCCGGGUCAGGCAAGGUUGGUGGCAGCAGGUGACCUGGUCAGUGGUGGUCUCAUCCCAGCUGGCGCUGACUAGUGGACACCAUGGGACCCAGGGUUCCCCUUGCCCACUAUGCCCUGAAUGCCACCACCAGGCAGGGAAGGCAGCACAGUACCCAGUGUCUGCCCUGAGUGCUAAGGGGAAAGUCCAGGGUGCUGUGCCACUCCCAUAACCAGGGUGACCGGUUUGAAGCUCAGUCCCCUUAGACAAGUUACUGCACUCAGUAAAUUAAUUGGAAAACACAAAAGCCGACUUACUCCAAGGGUUUCCCUGAUUCCCUCCAUCUCUAGGGCCUCUGUGAUCUACCGCGGACGUGUGUGUGCACGGAGAUGAGCUAGGCCAGCUCUAGGUUUGCGUUCUUUCCCUGGUAGUCCGUUCGCCUCUUGUGUUCAGUUCUAUACCCAAACAAAGACCAAAGAAGGCCAGUCUCAUCCGACUAUUUCAAUCUGCCUGUUUUACCAAUUGCCGUCUGUAGUGACUGCUCGCUGUGCGGCCCCAUCUUGAUUCCAAGUGAUGGUGACCAGUGACUGGCAUCCGUGUUCCUCUGCUCUUCUAAGAAAAGGACAGUGUGAGUUAUUGCUCAGCAAUAAUUCUGUCACUCCGGGGUUAGCACCGUGUCUGAUCUCCUGAUAGCAUUAUUAUGUUUUCUGUUCUGUUUACUGUAUAUUGUGUGUGGUUUUAUUUGGUAUUUAUUUGUGUUUUGAGGUCUUGGGAUGUUUUUGUGUUUUUGAUGCUAAUAUCUGAAGUUUGUAAGACUGUAGAAUGCCAAACUUGGAAAUGCUAAACUGUUAUUAGAGAAAAAUAAACCUGAUUAAGAG